CGUGUUCGGCGUUGUUAACGUCCGGUGUGACGCCGUUAGCUGGAGUGUAAACACGCCAGUUAGCGGUUAGCUGUCAGAGCUAACUGUUAGCCUGUGCUGCAACGGUGAAAAGUAAACAAGACUGUGGCAGCAGGAUGGCCUCCGCUCCUCCCCCCCUCUCCUCCCUGCGCCUCCUCGUCCCUCCUCUCCGCCUGCUGACUGCGGCGAUGUGGCAGGUCGCUCGCCGGAAAAGCGUGAAGCAUUAUGGGAUGCUGGAGGACUUUGUUUGCCUGCUAACCGAGGCCGUCCCACAGCUGCUGACAGACAGGCAGAGGAGUCUGCUGCUGCUGGCGCUGAGAGCCAAGGUGACGCUCUGCGACCCGGAUCCACAGGCCGUCCACGCCCACCUGGACAAAGUCCACAACGUCUCAGAGUCAACGCAGCCGGGCGGAGAGGUGGAUCAGUGUCGUUCUGCUCUGUUGACUCUGACGGAUAAACUGACCCAGAGGCCGGCGGACAGACGGCGCCUCCUGCAGGACGUGUUCGACCAGAGUUUUGACUCGGCCCUCCAGUCUCUCAUAUCGGACUUCCUGUCCAGGAUCGAGCAGCUGUUCCCGGUUCCCGACUUCAAACAGGCUGCCUCCUGGCUCGACGCUGCCCCCGGUGGUCUGGAGGAUUGUCUGCAAGAGGCCGACAGCGAGGACCUGAGGGAGCUGCUGACCAAUCAGAGCUGCUUAUUGGGUCGCGCCACCACCGCGGUGGGUCUGGACACGGAGAAGAUCCUCCUCUCAGCCUGGUCCCACCCCGCCGUCGCCGAACUGACCGAUCCCGACCCUCCGCCCACCGACACAGAGGUCCAAUCAGAUCCUCCCCCUGACGUGGUCGGUCCCAUCCAGCUGGACGUGGAGCUGGUGAAGGUGGAGGUGGUGGUGAUGACGGAGGACGAACAGGAGGAGGUGCAGGAGACUGCGAUUGGUCCGACCGUGUCGCCAGAGGAGCGAGAGGCGUCCGAUGAGAGCUCAGCAGUGGGCGGUGACGAAUGCGCCGUCACGCCUGUGGUUCUGGACGUGGGCAGGUUCAAGGGCUCGCCUGGAAACUUUGCCGACCAAUCAGAAGACACAGUCGACCAAUCGGAUCAGUCCUGCUCCGAAGUCACAACCAAUGCUCUGUACAGCAUUUCCCAUAAUUCUCAGCGGGUGGCUCACAAGUGUCCUCAGUGUGCCAAAUGUUUCAUCUACCGUUCUCAGGUGAUCCGUCACCUGCGGACCAAUAAGUCCUGCGGGUCGGCCUUGAUGACUCCUGGCGCCGUGGACCUGCAGAGUGACCCUGCCGUUCCCGAGGAAGAGCCCCGGCCCCCGGAGCCCCGCCUCCCGGAGCCGCGCCCCCCCAGGAUCCACUCCUGUUUCCAGUGCAACGCCAUCUUCAGAACCAAAGCGGAGCUGCUGUCGCACCAGCGCAGCCACCGGGCCCGACCCGUCUACCAGUGCGGCCAGUGUGACAAGGCGUUCCACCACCUGUCCAGUCUGACCAAUCACAGGCAGACGCACCUGGACAAAGGCGGGUUCACCUGCAGCAGGUGCGAUAAGGUGUUCGAGUCGGCCAAGCAGAGGGACGCCCACCGGCUGCAGCACCGGCUGCCGGACCUCACCUGCACGGUGUGCGACCAGACGUUCAGCUCUCAGACGCAGCUGCUGCGACACCUGCAGACCCACUCGGUGGAGGGAGCCGCGCCCUGCUACAACUGCCGCUUCUGUGACCAGACCUUCACAGGGGUGACGCAGCUCCGGAUCCACCAGCGCACACACACCUUCCGCUCGUACCAGUGUGACCAGUGCAGCAAGACGUACGGCUCCCUGACCGGCCUCCACUCCCACCGGGCGAGCCACACCAGCGAGAGCCGCUUCCUGUGUCCGCAGUGCGGCAAGCGCUUCAAGACCCGCGACGGCCUGGAGGGCCACCUGAGGACGCACACCGGGGAGCGGCCCUACCGCUGCCCCUACUGCCCCAAAGACUUCACCGCGCUCGCCGGGCUCAACGUGCACGUGCGGCGCCACACGGGGGAGCGCCCGUACGUGUGCACGGUGUGCGGGAAGGGCUGGCCGUCCGGAGGCGACCUGCAGAAACACAUGAGGACUCACACGGGCGAGCGGCCGUACGUCUGCCAGGACUGCGGGAAGGCCUUCUCCAUCUCCUGUCACCUGACCGAACACCGCAGGAUCCACACCGGAGAGAAGCCCUUCUCGUGUCCAGACUGCGGUAAAUGUCUAAGGAGGAAGUUCGACCUGAAGAAACACAUGUUGUCUCACAGCGACGUUCGUCCGUACGCCUGCGUUUACUGUCCCAAGAGCUACACCCGCAAAACUCACCUGAACCGACACCUGCUGACACACCGGACCGCUGACGGCGAGGAGGCGGAGGGGACGCUGAACCGAGAGUCCGUUUAAUCAGAACAACUGUUGACUGAUUAAUUUCCAAUCACUUUUUACAUUGACUUCUUCCUGCAGAGAAAUAACUCGGCACAUAGUCGCCUGCGCUGUCGCAGUGUGGCGACGCAGCGGCUGCGUUAACGGACGGCAGAAACAUCAUUCUGGGUUUCAGCAAAAGUGAUUUUUCUUUAUUUGCAGCCCUGCUAUGUUUCAAACUGUUUUCAUUAUUAGUUAAAGUCGUAUAUCAAACUCUCUGCGGAGGGUUUGUUGUAUCUCACGUUCAUUUUUCACUGUUUUCUACCAUUUCACAGACUAAAUCAUGAAACUUUAUCCCCACACAUGGACGGUUUGGGUCUUAGUGUUUGUGUUUGCUUUUCAUACAAACUAACUGUGCCGUGAACGAUCCUUCAGGGAGCAGGUGACGUGAUGACGAGCCGUGUCGCUAACGUGUCCUGCGCGUGGUCACCUGCUGCGCCGGCUGCAGCCUCGUAAAGACAAACAAACACUAAACACGUCAACAAACUACCUGCUAUGUUCUCGUCUUGAUGUGUGCUGAUAUAAAAGCUGUUGUGUUUUAUA